AUGGCCUCAGCGCCCCUCGAGCCGCUCAACGUGCUGAUGGUCGGCACCGGCGAGUACACCACCGGCUUCGUCGGCACCGGCGCCUCCGUGUCCGAUAAAAAGGUCGGCGUUGUCGCCCUCACCAUGUUCGACCUGAGGCGGCGCGGAAAGGUGUCCGGGCUCGCCAUGGUCGGCGUCGACGGCACCAAGUUUCCCGCCAUCCGGGACCAUCUUCGCGCCAACGUCUCGCAUGCGUACAACAGCCUCGACACCUCGUUCGAGUCCUUUCCCGCCGACGACCGGGUCGAUGCCGACGCCUACAAGGCGGCCAUCGACGGCCUCCAGCCCGGCGAUGCCGUCACCAUCUUCACGCCGGACCCGACGCACUUUCCCAUCGCCCUCUACGCCGUCGAGCGCCGGCUCCACGUCCUCCUCACGAAGCCGGCCGUCCAGCUGCUCGGCCACCACCACGAGCUGCUGCGUCGGGCUCGCGCCAAGGGCGUCCACGUCUUCGUCGAGCACCACAAGCGCUUCGAUCCCGCCUACGCCGACGCUCGCCUCAGGGCCAAGACGCUCGGCGACUUCAACUACUUUUACGCCUACAUGAGCCAGCCCAAGUAUCAGCUCGAGACCUUCAAGGCCUGGGCCGGCCGGGACUCGGACAUUUCCUACUACCUCAACAGCCACCACGUCGACGUCUGCGACUCCAUGGUCCGCCAGCUCGGCUACCGGCCCGUCAAGGUCUCGGCCUCGUCCUCCAAGGGCGUCGCCACCGCCCUCGGCUGCGCCGACGAUGCCGCGAAGCGCGCCGUCGGCGUCUACACGGCCUCGUGGACGGCGCCCCGGCGCGCGGGCCUGCACACGAACCAGUACUUCCACUACCUCGCCGCCGACGGCGAGAUCCGCGUCGACCAGGGGCACCGAGGCUACGACGUGGCCGACGACGCCGCCGGCCAGGUGCAGUGGUUCAACCCCUUCUAUAUGCGGUACGCGCCCGACGAGGACGGCAACUUUGACGGUCGCACCGGCUACGGCUACAUCUCCAUCGAGAAGUUUGUCGACGGCUGCCGAGCCAUCAACGCCGGCGAGGUGACGGCCUCCGAGCUGGAUGCCAAGAGCCUCCCGACGCUGCGCAACACAAUCGCGACGACGGCCAUCCUCGAGGCCGGUCGGAGGAGCAUUGACGAGGGGCGCGAGGUCGGCAUCAUCGUCCAGGGGGAGGAGUGGAUGCUGCAGUAA